AUGAACAAGAACGAAAGCGCUCAGGAAGCCACGGACAACUUAGCAGCCCUGAUUCAGGACGCCAAAGACUUCAACACGAGACCAAAUGUCCCAGUGGGAAAUGUAAACACUCAAAUCGGGGAUGAUGACGUUUCAGCAAUCUCUUUUCAGUCAUCGCGGUCCAUAAAGGACAAGAUUCGAAUCGUGCAGGAUUCCUCAGCCUCAGAAGCUCAAAUUGCUCAACCUGCUGAUGUCAAGGGAGGAGAAAAUAACAAUAAGAAUCUGGACGAAUUGCGGCAAACAGUUGAAGACUGGAAGUCUUCAAGCAAAAAGCAAUGGAAAGGGAUCCAAGACAGUACCAAUGCGGCAAUUGGCACAGUCAAGUCAAAAUCCCAAGAAAUCAUUGACGACAAGAUCAAACCGGGUUGGAAAAAGAUAGAAGGCGCAUCCAAAGGACUUGUCGAUACGAAACUCAAGCCACUCUGGGAACAGUCGUCAGGUGUGGCUCGAGGAGUGCCUGGACAAACCAAGGCUGUCAUUCUCAACGUUCGAGAUUCCAGUAUACAGCACUACGAGACACACUUGAGUCCAAAGCUGGGCGUCUUCCGGGCUUUUCAUGAAAAAAAUUCCAAGUACUACUUAGGCAAGGCACCUGGUGUGUUUGAAACAAGAGACAUGACCGAUAUGAAGUACCAAUUGCUUGAACAAGUGGUGCUGAGCAUUGGAAUGGUCUUGCAAUGCGAGAAUCCUACUUCGGGUAUUAUCAUUUUCCUAGGUCUACUGAUUGGUUCGCCGGGGGUAGCCAUUUCUGCCCUUCUUUCGUUGGUCGCAGCACUACUUUUCCGACGAGUAUACAUCCCGUUGAUUGAGUCCAAGAUGUGGCCCAUUCGAGCCGGUGCCAACGCUUUCCUGGCCGGUGCUUUUAUGGCUUCAUUGACAGGCAUUUCAAAUUCCAAUCUGAUUCUAGGAAUCUUAGGGAAGGUGAUCUUUUGCUCAAUACUGGGUCCAACAUGCUUGUUUGUCCACUGCCAGCUUUUCCCGCCAUCGAGUUCCACACCCCCAUUGUUAUGGUCGUUUAACCUGCUUGUCGCAGUCAUGCUGCUAGGCCUCGGAUUGCGAUACCCGGAAAUAUUGACACCUUUGGCAUCAUCUACUAGUGGUGACGAUGAUGCAGAAUAUCUGGAAUCUUUUUCAAUUUUCAGUUCCACGCUCUGCGGCAUCUCUGGCAUUUUUGCAAUCUCCAAUGUGUGGAGUGGGGUCUUUAUUUUGUUCGGUGUCAGCCUCUGCAGCAGAUUAUUCUUAGCCUACUUGCUCCUCGCAACGUCAAUUACAAGUUUGCUUGCAGCUGCAGUUGGCAUGGAGACUGUGAAUGUGAAUGCUGGCUUGGCAGGAUCCCAGGCAGCACUGACAGCUGUUACCUGCGCAUAUUAUUUUGAACCUUCGAAGCAUUUGUUGCUAGUUGGCACAUUGACAUUGAUUUGGACGUGCAUUCUCGAAGCAGCAGUGGCAACGGUAUUCUAUCGACUGACCGGCCAGGCAAUCACGUUGACUAUAGGCUUUUGCAUGGCGAUAUUCCCUCUGCUUCUGGAAAGGGCCGACAUUGAAAACUUUGGAUUGCAUCGAAUACCAGAAGAGGAUCUAUCAUUCCCAGAGGUGUAUAAUGUGCCAAUAAAGUUGGAUAUGGAUGAAGACGACUUUGACUUGGUUCUCGAUGUCGUGGACGAAAACGGUGAUGAAGAAGGAAGUAACUUCGCUACUGAGAAUACUCCACUCUUGGUAUGA